AUGACUCGAAGCUCAUGCAUAUCCGAGAACCAGUGCGCGUGUCACUCGGCUCUGUUACCCGUCGCUCUCGCUCCCAUUCAGCCGUAUCCACUCCCUCACUACCCGUUGACACCUCUCCAACCCACCUCACAAUCACUCCGUCCCAUCCACCCCGCCAUCUCCUCUCCCUUACCUCCCCGCCGUCGCCUCCUCCUCCUCGCCGUCACAUCCCUCCUCCCCGCCGUUGCCUCACCUCCUCCCUGCCGUCGCCUCUCCCUCCUCCCCGCCGUCGCCUCUCCCUCCUCCCCGCCGUCGCCUCCCUCCUCCCCGCCGUCGCCUCUCCUCCUCCCCGCCAUCGCAUCUCCUCCUCCCCGCCGUCGUCUCUCCCUUCCCCGCCGUCGCCUCUCCUCUUCCCCGCCGUCGCCUCUCCCUCCUCCCCGCGGUCGCCUCUCCCUCCUCCCCGCCGUCGCCUCUCGUUCCUCCCCGCGAUUGCCUCUCCCCACUCCCUGCAGUCGCCUCUUCCCACUCCCCGCUGUCGCCUCUCCUUCCCUCUCCGCCGUCUCCUCCGGCGACAGGUGCAUUCCCGGUCCUUCCGUCCUCCCUCCCCCCUUCUGA